CACACACACACACACACACACACACACACACACACACACACACACACACACACACAUAUAUAGCCCACACACACAGAGAGAGAGAGACAGAGAGAGAGGCUGACUUUUUCAUACUCUAAAGUUAAGUGGAGAGCAUGUCAUCACUCUUAGUAAAACGUAACGGCAACCGGUGGCUCAGCGAAGACUUCUACAACAUCCGGGCAUUCCACAGCCCUGCGCAGAAACGGAAUGGCGGAGCAGGUUCGAUGGGCUCAGGAGAUCCCAGUCGCUGUCUGUCAUACUUUUUGAGCUGGGGAAAUGAAGAACAAGUGUCUGCCACAACCACCACCAAGUCCCUAGCAAGGGUCUUGAGGAGGCGAGGGGUCCUGCGGACAGGGCCUCUAGAGAUGGCGUCUCACCCCCACACAGGCCGAGAGAUGCCUCUGGAGGAGCUGCUGGCACUCUAUGGCUAUGACAUGCCCAACGCACUCAUCCAGCAGCAACGCCAGCCUAGGGCGCUCACCGUCGGCCUGCCAGACAUCACACUGAACAAGGAUCACAUCUCUAAAGAUCUUUUCUCAAGAGAGGACGAUGGGGAGGAAGAGGUCCAGUCACUGGCUGAUGACCUCACGCCUUCGGUGGCCUCUGAUAACUCUGACAUCCUUCAGUGCCAUUUAAGAGCACAUUCUCUGACAUCAGGAGACAAAGACAUAUCAGUCAGCUCCUCAGAUGAAGACGACGACUCAGACAGUGCCUCGGUUCCUUCCAAUGACAGCCACAAGGAUAUUAUGGUGGGGCCUCAGUACCAGGCCACUAUUCCACCUCUCGGCACAUUUUCCUACCAGGACAGAGCCUAUGAGAGUGAGGACCAGCUGCUUUGGACGCCGGAGGUCCUGGCUCCCUCAGACGUGGAGAAGUUUCUGCUCCUUGCACAGAGACGAUGGAGUCAAGGGCAGCACGAGGAUGCCAUGGCAACGGACGUAGUCAAGGACAACGAACAGGUGCUCUAUGAGCUUGUGAAAUGUAACUUCAAUGCAGAAGAAGCUUUGAGAAGACUACACUUUAAUGUUAAAGUUUUUAAUGAGGAGUUGUGUGCAUGGAGUGAGGAGGAGUGUAGGAAUUUUGAACAUGGGUACCGUGUCCAUGGGAAGAACUUCCAUCUCAUUCAGGCCAACAAGGUGCGCACACGUUCAGUAGGAGAGUGUGUAGAGUAUUACUACCUGUGGAAGAAAUCGGAGAGACAUGACUAUUUCAUUCAGCAAACUACCAGGCUGGGGCGUCGGAAAUAUAACAUACAGUCUGGGAACAUUGAUGACGGAGAGCAGGAUGGGGAGGUGGCAGAGCUGGACCGCAGCAGCAGCAGUAACUCCCACAGCUCCUCACACACCUCCACUGGCCAGUCCAACACACCCUCGCCCUCACCAGACCUGGAGAAGCAAGAGGAGUCACAGGGUCGUCCACGACGGAAGCGAACAGCACGCUUUCUCUUAAAGCCCUGAGCACACAACUCUCACUGCAUGCACUGCAGGCAGGGCUGCACAGACGCUGGGUGUGGGAUGGUUAUGGAAGAGCUGUGUGCCUUGUCGUGUCCCUGCUCUCCGCCUCAGGAGUCCGUCUUCGGCCCCUUCCCUCCUCUCCCAUCCCUGGAGGAGCUGAGGGAGCCUCCUCCGCCGUGCUCCGAC